AUGAUACGAGAAGAGGGGAUAACAGAAGCGAUUUCUCCCCAAGGCCAGGAGGGCAAGGGUCUGCUGGACAGAGAUUUCAACCCUCCUCCCCACUUUGCCGCCCGGCAGGUGGAGGAACUCGGGUCUCCCCGUGAUCGCCGCAGGGUCCUGCUCUUCUUUCGCAAGAACUCCUACUUCCGCAAUGAAGUCGUUGAGAAGGAGUAUGUCCUCAGGGCUGCUGGGUACGAGCCGUCUCAUUCCACUCCCAUCCAGUGGCACCCCUGUUAUGAACGGGAGGCCCGUAGCCGCAGACACCACAACAGCAGCCUAAACUUCUUCAACUGGCUCUCUGACCACAGCUUUGCCGGGUCUAGCAGGAUAGCUGAGAUCGUCAUGGACGACCUGUGGCCCAAUCCCCUGCAGUACUACAUGAGGAAGAAGGCCCCAGCCGAGGAACUGAGAGGAGUGCAGGAACUUCAGCAUGUUGAGGUGAAUACGCAAGAGCCUUGCGCUUGACCGGAAAGAGUCCAGGACCUUUCAGAGGGAGCCGAAUGAUCAGCUUGGGCCCUCGAGCAGGGACCCACCUCGAGCCUGGUGUCGGGAAGAAACCCAGGGCCGACUGAGGCCUCCUGUGAAUUUAUUA